UUGAUUCUAGGCAAUAGUUUUUUCAAAAAAAAUUUUAAAUGGAGAUCUUAUAAAUUUUUAUAUCCCUACAAGUUUCUCAUUUUAAUAGGUGGUUCUUUAUUCGAUAAAUGUUCAGAAUCACGAAUUCUUCUUGGAUCCAUCAGCAAAAAGGUACUUAGCGAACUAAUCGAAAAUAAAGUUGGACAUCGAGCACGUCAGUUGGACACAACAAAGAAGAUUUGCUCGGAUGUGUUACGCCGUUCACUCUACCGCAUCACGUAUCCCAAACGCAAAAAAGGACUGUUUGAUUUAUACGGGGAAGAGCGCGCUAAAUGGGAGGUUGAACAACUAUCCAGUCCUCUGGAUCUACAACCAUGCCACAUCGACUCGGCUCCCUUCCAACUUGUCGAGAAUACUUCAAUCUUUAAGAUCCACUCCGUAUUUUCGCUCCUGGGCUUGCGGCGAGCCUAUGUGACGAAACUUGGCCGUUUGGUAGGAGUUGUGUCUCUCAAAGAGGUAUGUUAG